AAGAAGUGUACAAAGAGUCAGAAACACACCCACCUCACUUUCAGUGGAAUCCAGAAUAGCGGGAGUUCAUCAUAAACUGUUUUCUCAUUGAGCAGAUUCAGCAAUAUCAGAACAGUCAUGUCUGACAGGAAGGCAGUAAUAAAAAAUGCAGACAUGCCCGAGGAGAUGCAGCAGGACGCAGUUGAGUGUGCUACACAGGCUCUAGAGAAGUACAACAUUGAGAAGGAUAUUGCUGCCUAUAUUAAAAAGGAGUUUGACAAAAAAUAUAACCCAACUUGGCACUGCAUUGUGGGAAGGAACUUCGGCAGUUACGUGACCCACGAGACCAAGCACUUCAUCUAUUUCUACCUGGGUCAAGUGGCCAUUCUGCUGUUCAAGUCUGGCUGAGACCGAGCUUAGCCUCAUCACAUGACCAUUUAGUUACUGACUGACUACAGAAAGGCUGAGCAUUCCUGUUCUGGGACUUUUUUUUUUUUUUAAAUCAUGUACAAUGGAAAAAGAUGAGUAAGGCACAGGUAUUUAUUUUUUUCUAUACACCGGUUGAACACUUGUCACUUCAAUGUUUUAAUUAAAACGAAAUGGUUUGUCCCACUG